AUGGCUAAAAAGCGACCUGCCUCGCCGGAUGUGCACUCCGACCAGCCCACAAAAAAAGUAAAGGUCAUGAAUGAGAAUCAAGACUGGAUCCUCGACGAGGAAGACAUCCCUACCACCCCGUCUUCGCCACUGUCUCCCAGCGAUACCAACGAUAGCUCUGCCGAUGCGGAAGCCCUGUCUGAAUCCUCCAGCACGGACUCAGUCACAUCGUCUCCUUAUACCGUUGAGUUCUUUGCAGAUAUGGCCAAUACCAUUGCGAAUCUCUUUCCUUUUAAAGCGUUUGCUAAAGCCCAUGGCUGUACGGUCGGUGACGUUUCACAAGCGAUCAGUGCCAUGGUUGUUGCUCCCCUGUCCGACCCAUCCUUCAUCUGGCACAGUGAUAGUGAGAUAUCUAUCGCCGAAUAUGGACAAGGCAUGAUCGGUAUCUGGAAUGAGCAUUACGAGCGCAAGCUUCGAAACACUGAUACGACAAAGCCAACUAUCGAUCUCACAACCCCGACAGGCUCCACGGGAUCUUCAGGAGUUGAAUCACCCUCGGAAGAUGGAAGUGUCCUGUCAGAAAGCUUCCAUAAAGAACUGCUUGGAGAAACGUCGUCCGAAGAUGAAGUUGAGUUCCCGGAUAGCGAGGCACCGGGUCUAUCAAAGAGUUGUCUCAGCACACAGUCACAGAAGGCAGCGGGUCGACCGGCCAAGAGGGUGAGAUGGGCCCCUCCCCUCUCGCCGGUCGUCCGCGAGAAGGUGUACAAGGACGACUAUGGCAACUAUGUCCCGGUCCCGACACCAGAGGAGAUCAAGGAGAAGGAGCGGAAAAAAUUGCGGGAAGAAAUGCGGGAAGAAAUACGGGCAAGCAAAGGGCUACUUGAGCCAACGUAUAAUGUAUUCGACCUAGAGGUCCUUUCCGGUUUUGACGACCUGGAAUAUGUGGUAUAG